AUGUGGUGGGGAAAGGAAGAGUGGAUGGAAGUGUGGCCCAUCCAGGAGUAUGGUUGCCACAGUGAUCCAGCCGUGUCACUAAGCUGUCCUAGCAUCACUGUCAUGCUGGAAAACGCUUUAAUCUCGGGGCUUUCAACCGGGAGUAGAAAAUCGGCAGAACCGAAGAAUGGGACCUCUGGGGGUGAAGCGAAUGUGUUUCCACCACCCAGGAACACCUGCCCUCCUGGGAAAAGAGGGCUACUUAGUUGUGUCUGGGUCACAUUCAAAGUUAGUGACAGUCCGGGCGAAAGACUCCUGCCUCUGCACGAUUCCAAGGCUGGAACCCGAGCGCCAGCCCUUGCGUGUCGCCUGCAGACGUCCCGCCGUCGCCUUUGCAGACAUGCUGAGGAGCGCCUGCUGUGCGCGGCGCUGGGGCCCCCGCGCGCCCAGCCGUUCCCCUGUCCCACCCCGGCCUGCAAGUGCGUGUUGCGGGACACCGUGCAGUGCUCCGGGGGCCCCGUGGCCCGCCCCGCCUUGCUUGGCCUGCCCGCCAACCUCACGCAUAUCCUGCUCUUCCGAAUGGGCCCUGGCACCUUGCGGAACAACAGCUUUGGCAGCAUGACGGUCCUGCAGCGCGUGAUGCUGACCGACAGCCCCAUGGCCUCCACCGCCCCUGGCGCCUUCCACGACCUGAUCAAACUUAAAACCCUGCGGCUGUCGCGCAACGGGAUCACGCACCUGCCGGCCGCGCUGGUGGACUAGGUGGUGCUGCUGGAGCAGCUGUUUCUGGACCGCAACGAACUGAAGGACAUCGAUCAGAACAUGUUUGGGAAACUGGUUGACCUGCCGGAGCUCUUCCUGAACCCAAACCAGCUCGCUGUCCUUCCCGCUCGCCUCCUCAGCCGUCUGGGGAACCUGAGACUGCGGGACGUGUCGGCAAACAAUCCGCCCCACCUGCCCCGGGGACUGCUCGAGGCGCAGGCCAAGCGGGAGAAGCUAGCGCUCCACUCGAACCGGCUCGAGGCUCUGGGAACCGGGCUGCUGAGCCACCUGCGCGCCCCGAAGGAGCUGCCGCUGCACGGGAAUCACCUCCGCUCCAUCGCCCCCGGAGCCCUCGACACGCUCUGGAGCCUGAGCUCCCUGACGCUUUCCAGAAACCGCCUGGAGUUUCUGCCCCCUACCCCACCCCCCGUCCACCGCGCUCUUCUUCAUUCGCGAGAUUUGCCCUUCCUGACCCUGUUCGAGAACCCGCUGGCAGAGCUGCCGGAGGUGCUCUUCAGGGAGCUGGCCGGCUUGCGGGAGCUGUGGCUGAACAGCACGCGGCUGCGCACCCUGCCCGCCGCCGCCCUGCGCCCCCUGAGCGGCCUGCGCGCCUUCGGGGUGACGGUGAGCCCGCGCCUCCGCGCGCUGCCCGAGGACGCCCUCCGGAAGCUGGCGGCGCCGCGGGAGCUCGCGCUGCACUCCAACCGCCUGGCCGCGCUCCCCUGCGCCCUGCUGCGCGGCCUCGACCAGCUGCGCCGCGAGUUGCUGCGCCGCCACCGGCUGCGGGCCCGGCCCCGCGCGCUCUUCCGCCACCCCCGCGGCCUGGAGCGGGUCGAGCUCGAGCACAGCCAGCUGGAGACCUUGCCCGUUGACGCGUUCGCGGAUCUGCCCCGGCUGGCGGAAAUCGGGCUCGGCCACCAUCCCUGGCGCUGCGACUGCAGCCUGCCCCCGCGGUGCCGCGGCCCCGGACCUCGCGCCAGCCUGCCGCUCUGGGCCGAGGACCCGGAGUGCCCGGACCCCCGCGGCCCGCCUCCCUGCCCUGCCCCAGCCGCCACCCGGCCGGCCUUGGCGCCCGCCGGCUCGGAGCCCGGGGUCUGGGCGCAGCUGGGGGCCCGGGGUCCACGCCAAGACCACAGCCUGUUCUGGGGGCUUUAUUUUCUGCUUUUAGCUACCCAGGCCGUCAUAACGGGGAUCAUCGUGUUUGCUGUGGUUAAACUCGGCCGGCUCUUUCGAAGAUUAAUCAGAGAGAGAGAGAGAGAGUCAAAGGGGAAACCUUGCACGUAAUUAAAACGGGGCCAGAGUGUUGGCAGAGGUGGCUCUGGGGGAGAAUACUGCCGGGCUGCUGCUGUCUUCCUCUCUCUUCUCCCUCCCCGUCUCCUUCGCUCCCUCACCCCUUCCCACCUCCUGCUGUCCCUCCUCCUCCCUCCACCCUGCAGAAGGAGUCCUUACACCUCUAAGUUGGGUGCGUUCGCUUGGCCUUUGUGUACCCUUAUGCGCUGUGCCCCAGGGGCCUCGGAUUGUGUGUGUGUGUGUGUGUGUGUGUGUGUGUGUGUGUGUGUGUUUGGGCUCCUCCAGGUGGAGGAAGGGUGCAGAUGAACCAGCCAGCUCCAGGCCGGGGCCUGUCUCCUGCACGGGAGGUCCGGUAAAUGUUAAUGAAAUGAAUCAAUAAAAUGAACUUGUGCG